GUCCCGGAAGUGAAAGUAUUGUCGAAUGUGCACCGGGACUCGAACCCCAAAACCUUUAACACUCCGAGACGGUAUUUUCUCCACAGCAUGGACACCUUAAACAAACUGAAACAAUUUGAUGCGUAUCCCAAAACCCUAGAAGACUUCAGGAUCAAAACGUGGGGCGGCGCGACUGUGACCAUCGUGAGCGGUCUAAUAAUGUUGAUCUUGUUCUUCUCUGAACUGCAGUACUACCUGACCAAAGAGGUUCAUCCUGAAUUAUACGUCGACACAUCGCGAGGAGACAAACUGAAGAUCAACAUCGACGUCAUCUUUCCCCCCCCUCACAUGCCCUGUGCCUACCUCAGUAUAGAUGCAAUGGAUGUUGCUGGGGAGCAGCAGCUGGAUGUAGAACACAACCUCUUCAAGCGCCGUCUGGACAAAGACCUCAAAGCCGUCACCACGGAGGCAGAGAAACACGAGCUGGGUGGCGAUGAUGAAGGUGUGACCUUUGACCCCAGUAAGUUGGAUCCGGAAAGAUGUGAAAGCUGCUACGGGGCCGAGACUGAAGACCUCAAGUGCUGUAACAGCUGUGAUGACGUGCGUGAGGCGUACCGGCGGCGUGGCUGGGCCUUCAAGAACGCCGACACCAUCGAGCAGUGUCGGCGCGAGGGCUUCACCCAGAAGAUGGCGGAGCAGAAGAACGAGGGUUGCCAGGUGUAUGGCUUCCUGGAAGUCAACAAGGUUGCAGGAAACUUUCAUUUUGCUCCUGGCAAGAGUUUCCAGCAGUCUCAUGUCCACGUGCACGCUGUGGAAAUUCACGACCUGCAGAGCUUCGGACUGGACAACAUCAACAUGACCCACAUGAUCAAGCACCUGUCAUUCGGUAAGGACUACCCAGGUAUCGUCAACCCUCUGGAUGGUACAGACGUCACAGCACCCCAAGCGUCGAUGAUGUACCAGUACUUUGUUAAAAUAGUCCCGACUAUUUACAUGAAGGCAGAGGGAGAGGUGGUUAAAACCAAUCAGUUCUCAGUGACCAGACAUGAGAAAGUGGCCAACGGUCUCAUUGGCGACCAAGGGCUGCCAGGGGUCUUUGUUUUGUAUGAGCUGUCCCCCAUGAUGGUGAAGUUCACAGAGAAGCACAGGUCGUUCACUCAUUUCCUAACAGGCGUGUGUGCCAUCAUCGGAGGAGUGUUUACAGUUGCAGGGCUGAUAGACUCUCUCAUCUACCACUCGGCGAAGGCCAUCCAGAAGAAGAUAGAGCUGGGGAAGGCCUCCUAGCAGAGACCCCCACAGCUCCCCCAGCCCCCGCAACACACGCCCAGGACACCGCCACCCAGACGGACAGACACGGAGACUGAUGGACAGACAGGCUGAGGGGGUAGACAGACAGACAGACAGACAUGCAGGUGGAGGGGGUUGACAGACAGACAGACGGCCAUGCAGGUGGAGGGGGUUGACAGACAGACAGACAGACGGCCAUGCUGGUGGAGGGGGUUGAUAGACACGGACCGACAGACAUGCAAGCGUGGGUAGAUGGACGGAUGGGAGGGGGUGGAGGACCUGGGCAGUCUGUUUUCAGAGAGGGGGAGAAUGCAGGUGAAGAAUGUAUCAAGGCUUGCGGCACACCGGCACAACGUUGACAUCCUGUCAACAUGACUACUUCCUGUCUACUUCCUGGUGCCCCCUGUUGUUGCACUGGUUCUGUGACAUGGCUGCUCAGCGCUGCCCAACACUGGGUUUGAUUCGGCAGGUCUGGGUUAGGUGAAGCAGGUCUGUGUUGGAUGGUGACGGUCGUGGUUAGAUGGUGCAGGUCUGGGUUAGAUAAAGGAGGUCUGGGAAUCAGUAAACAGCUUUAAUUCGAUUAUUGGAGUCUGGGUUUGCUUGAUAAUAUCUGGGCUUGAUGGAUAAGGCCUUGGUUUGAGGGAUACAGUCUUGGUUCAUUGGCGACUGUUUUACGAUAUCUCUGAUUGUAUUAUACAUUGACAAGGUUGAGACGUUAACAUGUGGAAUUCAACUAACAUCAAAUAGCCUACCUUCUUAUUCAAUAUCAAAAAAUAUUUGUCCCAAACUAAAGACAUUGUAUUCAAAAUCAAACAAGGCCAUUAUCCAUCAUCAAAGACCUUUCUCCAACAUCAAAUACCAUAAUUUUUUUAUUCAAAACAUUUGUCCAACAUAAAAGGCCAUUAUCCAUCAUCAGAGACCUUUAUCCAACAUCAGUCACAUUUUAAUUGUAUACCUAAAAUACGACCGCAGCCCUGCCUCUUAGAGUUGUCACAUGACCAAAAAUUCUCAUAGCCAAUCAUAAAGGUGCUUGCACACCGCCGCGUGGCAAAUUAUAACCGCCUCUGCCGGAGGGUUCAGCGCAGCGGUGUGAAGGGCCAGGCGUUUUCAAAAGCGGCUGCUGCAGUUGCUGCCGCCGGAAGUUUCAACACGGGGAAAGCUGAGCGGUAGGGCAGAAUCUGUGCGCGUUCACGCGGGCGGCAACCGCUGCCUGGUUUUCAGCCGCUUUUGUAACCGCCUCCCCUCUGCCGCCCUUCCCUCAUUGAAAUUAAUGGAGCGGGUGAGUUGCCGCGCGGCGGUGUGAAAGCAGCUAAGAAUGGUUCAAACUUUUUUCCAAUCCACCCUCCACGCAACAUUUUCUUUUUGAAUUGAUUAGGAUUUUCAAAUAUUGAAUCAUGACAAGGUGGUGGGAAAUUUUUGAUUUAUGGCCAAACUUAUUUUUUCUGUAAAAGGCGAAAAAAGAGAUAUCUGCCCUAUUGGUAACCUGGUCAGUGCACCUUUUAACGACAUCAUGCCAGGCGGUGUGUGUGUUUGAAAGAUUGUGUGUGCUUGUGGGUGUGCUUGUGUGUUUGAAAGAUUGUGUGUAUGAGAUUUAUUUAUAUUUUGAUUGUCGUCUGUUUUUAAAAUUCUAAAUAAAAAAAUGUUGAAUACACCAGCCGCUGUUGUUUGGCGUGAACUAC